AUGUCUUCAGCAAUCGACUCAUUCAUUGAGUCACUAAGUGAUGUGAAUAUAUUUGUUAAUUCAUCUGAUUUAGAGGUGUUCAUUCUUUCAACACAAUUUUCGACAUCACAGAUGAACUCUUUAGUCAACUUAAUUGCAACCAAAAUUUGCGAACAUGACAAUUUGAAAAAGAACGAGAACAAAAGUGUGAAUAAAAUUAUCACAGCCCUUGCGAAACGAUUGGAUCCAUUCGUUGAUUACUUUCCACUUGGAACUUCAAAAGAUUUUUUUUGUAAUAUCAAACUCUCAGAAAAGCACAAGAAAUUGAUUGAAGUAUUAAACAACUGGGGUAUCCAAGUAUUCUUACCGUUCUUCGAUGAGUCCAAAUUUAUUGAACUUGUCAGAAACUCCAAUAUCAAUUUAAACAAGAAAAUAUCGAUUUUGACGAACUUCGUGUUUGAAGACAAAACACUUGAAAAAACGUUUUUUGAAUCACAGAAGAAAAUCACUUAUUCCAUGUGCAGGCACUUCGACGAGAUCAAAACACUCCAAAACAUCGACGAGAAUUAUUUUGGAACAAAUGAGCGAUGGGACGGUAUUUUCUUGGCAAUUUAUUUAACACGAAGAAAAGAACUAAUGCGAGUUAGUGUUGUAAAUAGAAUUUUUGAGAAAUUCACACAAAACUCGUUUAUGGCGUUUUUCGAUGUUUUGUCCUCAAACAGAAAUACAAGUGAUGUUACCAAAUACUUACAUGAUACCAAUAUCGUUGAUUGUGUUUUUAAAAUUGUUAUAUCGAAAAAUUGCAAGUCCAAGAAUAAUUUGAUGUAUUUCAUAGCCGACGUGUUGCCAGACAAAACUUAUGAAAUCGUGACAAAUUAUUCUCAAUUGGUUGAAAACGCGACAUCAACAUUAUUCAACACUGUUUUAGAGUUCAUGAAAAUAUUAGUGAUUUUACUUGAAAAAUUUGAUUCAAUCGAAGACUCCCGUUGUGAUGAUCUACUUGGUGUGGUUCUCAACUUUUUAAACCAAAAUUGUAAUUUCAAUACAGCAAAAUUGUUCUCGACUUUGGUACUUGUCAGCCCAAAAUAUAUCAAACAAAGAACAGACGUUUUUGAGACUUCUAUUAUCAACUUCGUUACGUUAAUUGCAAAGACACAAUAUUGUUGCAAAAGAAAUCAAGGCCUGUUAAAAAACGCAUUUUGUGUCAUCGCACAAUUCGCAAAUGAAAAUUUGAACAAAACAAUCGGCAAAAAGGUCUUUGAAGUGUGCGCAGAAGAGCACAACAAAAAUAAUUUGUUGCACAUAUUUGAUGGUAUGAAGUGUUCCCAGAAGUACUCCAAAGUGGUUUCUAAGUUGUGUUUUUCCAAAAUUUCAGAGGAAAACACUGAAACAUUAUCAAAAGUAUAUUUAGACCUUUUAACCACAACACUAAACACUAAAAUUGCAUUUGAGAAUUUGGAUAAAUUUACACAAAUAUUUGGGAUGUGUUCUGCUAAAACAAAUCGUGAAGCUCUUAGAGCAAUGAGGCGGUUAGUUGGUAAUUAUUACAGGAUGUUAGAAAACCAAAUUUCACAUGAAAUAGUUGGGACAACAGAAACACCAAAGCUUUUGGAGAUUUCAAAACAGUUUAUAGACAAAACUGUUUUGAUUCCUUUCCAGAAUUUAACGGCAUUCUUAGAAAAGGAAAAUGUCCAACAAAGUGGUGUUGUUGAUUUACUUCGAAAAGUGUAUUUACCACACCAAUUGCUUUCUUUUAUUAACACCACCCAACAACUACCAUUACUUGAAAUACUUUCUCAACUUAUAUCAAAAGUAUAUACACAUCUCAGUAACAAUUAUAAACAAACGAAACAGUCAAAACCAUUAAUCGAGUUCUUGAACAUUCUCCAAUCGUUUAUUAAAAAAGACCAAACACUGAAAAUAUCGUACUUCAAUGCACGUUUUGUUUCUAAGGAAAUCAGAGACUUGAUGAAUGAAAGAUGCGUUCAAAAAGACUUUGAAAACGUGAAGAACAACAGCGGUUUUUUACUAAUAACUUCAGUUUAUAUCAACACUACACUGCUUUUGAACGAAACAAUUCGACAAUUAUUGGUGUCUCAAAAGCAGUUCAAACGACUUACCAUCGACUUUCCAAACUCAGAGAACGAAAAAACGAUUCCAUCAUUAUUACCAAUUGUCUUGGAUAACAUCAACUUUGUUAAAUUCACUUCUUUUAUCAAAUUGUUGAUGAACAACACCCUCAUUAACUGCGAACAAGUUUCAAUUGUUAUAUGCAAUCUCUUCAAUUCUGUAUUAGACAAAACACAAAUUCUUCCAUUGUGUAAUGUGUUUGCAACCAACAUGUUCCUCACAUUUUCUGUUGCCAAUGCCCUCUCGAAAACCGUUUCAACCUAUUUAAAGAACAACAAAGAAAGUAUAGACAACUCUCAAGCAGAAGCAUUUAUAAGAACGUUAUUCAGUGUUAUUGAAAACACAAGCGGUGUCGUCAAAAAUAUUUUAUACACAAUUGUCACAGAAGUUAUAAACGUUGUCUGUUCUCGUUUUGAAAUAGUUACAUUUAACGAAAAUGAAACAGAUAGUGUAAUACGUCGUAACAUGGUCUUUUUAAAAUACAGAAAAUAUGAUGAAAUAUUUCCUUGCUUGAACGCCAAGACAACGAAAGGUGCGAUGUCUGAUAACAUUAAAAAAAUGGUGACAACUCAUUUCACUCUUUCUAAUAUCAAACUUCUUCUCUUGUCGUGGUACUCCACAAAUCACAUGUCGUUUAGCAAAGUCGAGAAAAACGUGUUUUCACUCUUUUUCGCAUUGAUUCCUUUUAAUGAACUGCAGAAGGCAAUAACUGAGUUUGAAAAUGAGAACGAGCGAGGAGACUUUAAAGGGGAAAUUUUAAUAUCAUUGAGCACUUUCUGUUAUUUACUUCCACAAACAGAACAAACAACAUGCGAAAAAUUCAUUGUGACACAUUUUGCAGAAACUGCGCAAAACAUCGAGUCAGAGCACCAAAGUGCAUUCUUGAAAAGAUUCAUGAAGGGUGAUAUUAAAAUAGUUCAUAAAUGUUUUGAAAUGAUAACACGUGGGUGUGAAGAGCAAAUAUAUGGAAAGCUUCAAAUGGAAUUCAUAUUAAAAGAACUCUUAGACUCCCCAAAUGAAGAAGUUAUUAUUAAACUAUUAAAGAACAAAGAGUUUACUAUAUUCAGUUCCACUCAAUUUAAAACACUUUUGAAUUCACUUUCAAAGAAACGGGAGAAUGAAGUUCUUAUUUACAACAUCGCUCAAAUCAUUGAAUAUAGACCAUUGACUGCACUCCCAACCCAAAUUGAUCCAAUUUUGGAAAUAUUCUUGCCUUUUGAACACUCGAACACCAUUUUACCGAACAAUAUUUAUAUACAAAAAAGUGUGAUUACCAACUUCGUGAAAGGGGUAUUGGAAGUUUUUAACAAUACAUCAAAAAAUGGAAAAGUGUUUAUUGCCCACUUACUCCAAAACAUUGAAAACACUGAAGUGAUUUAUCAAAUACCAUUAAAUGUCUUGUUUGAAAAUUCUGAUCUUAAAACAAGAAAUGCAAUUGGCGAGACACUCGAAAAGAUAGUGAAGAACACAAAGAAUUAUGACGUGUGCCAAUUUUCAAUGGACAAAAAUAGUGAUAUCGUCAAAGAACAUAUCAACACUAUCAAGGCAAGAAUUGUGCUGAGACAAGGAGAUAUACUUCUAACUG